UACACAUAAACAUUUCUUACUGUUUUUGUCCGCUCGGUCACCGGUUCAAUUAUUAAUAUCGUUUUUUAAAAUUAACGUUUCUUACUCAAUUCAUGAUUUUUAAUUUGUAUACAAGUGGUGAAAAUCUCAGCCUACUAAUUUUCUAAUCAACUUGUUGCUUAAUUACUUUUUGGCACAAAUGAAUCUCGAACUUUUAGAAUCGUUUGGACAAAAUUAUCCAGAGGAGUAUGACAAUGUUCUAGAUUGUGUUUCAUUGGCGGUGACUGCUGCUUUUAAUAAGCAUGGCACCUUGUUGGCUGUGGGUUGCAAUGAUGGGCGUGUCGUCGUGUGGGACUUUAUGACGAGAGGUAUUGCCAAAGUUAUUACGGCCCAUGCUCAUCCAGUUGCUUCGGUCAGCUGGUCACGGAACGGAAAAAAGGUUUUAACAGCGUGCACAGACAACACGGUGUGCAUUUUGGACGUUCUUACUGGAGACUGCGACAGCAGAUAUCAGUUUCCAUCUCCAGUUCUUAAAGUACAAUAUCAUCCGCGAGAUUCCAAGCAGUUUCUGGUUUGCCCGUUAAGACAUGCGGCAUUGCUGGUUGAUGUUUCUGGAUCACAUAAAACGGUCCCUUUGGAUGACGAAGAAGACUUGAACAUUGCUGCCUCGUUCGAUAGACGCGGAAAGUACAUAUUUUCUGGUAAUGCGAAAGGGAAAGUUUUAGUCCAUAGCGUUAAGGAUAUGACGCUGGUUGCCAGCUUCAGAAUUGGGCAAGUCGCAAGCAGCAGCACAGCAGUGAAAACUAUUGAAUUUUCUAGAAGAGGAGAGUGGUUUUUAAUUAAUUCAGCAGACCGAAUUAUUCGUGUGUAUGAUGUGCCAGAAGUUUUAAAUUGUGGAAAGGAGGGGGAUGUUGAACCGAUUCAAAAGUUGCAAGAUUUAGUUAACAAAACAAUGUGGAAAAAAUGCUGUUUUUCUGGUGAUGGAGAAUACAUUUGUGCUGGUUCAGCUCGCCAGCAUGCACUCUAUAUUUGGGAAAAAAGUGUUGGGAAUUUGGUUAAAAUUUUGCAUGGAACGAAAGGAGAGUUAUUGCUUGAUGUUGUGUGGCAUCCAAUGCGACCCAUCAUUGCUUCUAUUAGUAGUGGCGUAGUAUCGAUCUGGGCUCAAAAUCAGGUUGAGAAUUGGUCUGCAUUCGCACCGGAUUUCAAAGAGUUGGAUGAAAACGUGGAAUACGAAGAAAGGGAAUCGGAAUUUGAUUUAGAGGACGAAGAUAAAAUUAUUGAAGCCCAAGGUACAGCUGCAGAUGACGAAAUCGAGGUUGAUGUUGUUGGCGUUAACCCUAUUCCUGCAUUCUGCAGUUCAGACGAAGAAGACGAAAAAGAUACCUUGUUGUUUUUGCCAAUUGCACCUGAUAUUGAAGACGCAGAAGAUCAGUGGGCUCCUCCUCCAGACCCGAUUAAUCCUAUAGAUGACAGCCACAGGAGACAUUCUGACCAUAAAGAGAAUCAUCCAUCCUCCACCAAGAAAAAGAAACCUAGGACUUAUAACAUGACUUUGGAAAAUGCUCCAAGUGACGAGAUCCAUCCCCUGUUAAGCAACAAGCCGAUCAAAGAUAAGCCCAUUUCCAGCAAAAAGCCAGUUGGUCGACCCGAUGGUAAAAAGAAGGAUAGAGUGAAGUUUUAGAACCUUUUUACAAUUAAUAUAUUUAACAGUACUCCAUAAUUUUCAUUUCAUACGAAAUAUCUAUUUGCUAUAAAUAAAUGUUGUACGCAAGAAAUUGUUUAUGCUGAUGUUUCACCCCUGGCUUGUAGACUUGCAUUACUUACAACUAUCAUAUCAACAAUAUUCUUUAAAUUUAUACGAUCAAUUUGAACACGCAAAGUUUAAAGAUGGGCACACACGAUGAGCCAAAUCGAUAUAUUAAGAACGAAUAAUUAUGGUGUCUAAUAUACUAAUAUGAUGAUAUAAUAUGAUGUGGUGAAUAAUAGUCUUGUAAAGUAUUGAGUAUGGUAUGUAGGGAUUAUAUGUGUGAUGUGUGUAGAUACAAUAAGAUAUAGUAAAUUUAAAAUGGUCAGAUGUUGAAAAUUGA